UACAAAAUGUCAUGGCAGUCCAUCCAAUAGGUGUUGAGAUAUUUCAGUCUGGACCAAAGUGGUAGUUUGGCCAACCAACCUUGCCAUCCCUAGAGUCACAACACUAGUGUGGCUAAAAAGAAAUUGUCCAACAUGAGAUUAUCAAUAAAAAUGGGUUUAUCACCCUACAUUUAAUGGCAACAUGCCUGGUAGAUUAUGAGACAUCUUUGCUGUGAGUUUAGAGAUUAGCCUGAGGGUGGCGGUAGAGGAAAGCUUUAGCAUUAAAAGAUGCAAAGGAUACAUUUCACCGCAAUCUGCCUGUUAGAUUUUGACUUUUUUUUUCUACAAGUGAAAAUAUCUGCUCGAUGGGAACGCCAGUGUCAGGGAAUCACUAGCAACAUUAGGAAUCAUCCUCUGGGGACCAUGAAUAUCCACAGUAACUUUCAUGACAAUCUGGCUAGCAGUUGUUGAGAGACUUUGCUGCGGAACAAAACGGUCGGACAGAUGGAUCGACCAACUGCCCAAUACCCCGCCAAUAGAUUUUCAAGAUACCAUGGCAUGGACAAAAGUGCUGGUCAGGGGGAAAUUAAUGAUAAAUAUCACUACGAUGUCUGCAGAUGAACUAGCAGGGGAAAAAUGGGAACAGAAAACAAUAUCAGAGCAGCCACAUUUACAGCCACUGAAAAAAACAAAACAAACUACAUAUAAAGACCCAUCUGGAUGUUGAACUCCUUAUACACAAUGCACUCUUUUCUAACAUCUGCUGCAAGAGAUUUCAGCUCCCUCCGUCGGCAGAGAGUUGAAGCUGCUGCUGCUCUAAUCCAGCAGCACUCUCACUAGUGUGGCAGCAGCGGAGACAAGGACACACCGAUCUGGUCCGCUGCUGAGGUUGAAAGCCUACACAGCAGCAACCGGUGUCAGAGCUCUUGAUACAGGGACAGUGGAAUAGAUGCUAAAAUGACUGAAUAGCAGGACCACAGGAUAGUCUAUCCGAACCAACACCUCAGGCACGACAGAUUGGUAUGUUCAACACGUGCUCGCAGUGUUUUUCUGUUAGGUUUAACAUUGUGAGACUGUAAUAACUGAAAUACUUCACUCAUAUCAACUCGGCUCUAGAAGCAGACAGCCAGACGGACUACAGAUACAGCGUUGCAUCAUGGGGAUUGCGGUCUACAACAUCUCCGCCACCGCAGCCCGAGUGAGCUGGCCGUCAUCCCCCAGCUGCCUGGACACCUUCUACAGCGUCAUGUACGACCCAAACUGGAACAGCCUGCUGAUGGGCUACAAGCGCAAGAGUUUCAUGCACGAGGAACGCAUCCCCGUCAGUCAGACCAGCACACACCUGGCCAACCUCCUCCCCCAGACCGCCUACUUCUUGUGUGUGACGUGUCAGGCAGCCAAUCCGGUGCGGGAGCAGUGCCAGGUGUUCAGCACUCUGAGUGACAAAAGCGAAGGUCACGACAGAGCUGGCUGGGAGCUCGCCAUGGGCGUCUGGCUGACCUGCUGCAUCUUGCUCCUGGUCAUCGCUGGCAUCCUGUUGUGGGGAUGUCUCCACACCAUCUGCUCCAUCCCCAGUCAGGCCGCAGACAACUGCCAUGUGGUGACCAACUCAACCCGCCAAGACGUGUCUGGAUCGCGACGCCUCUACACUCCCAGAAGCAGCAGCGAGGACAGCGCCAAACAUGCCACGAUCAUACAACCCCCCCUCCUCUCAGCGCAGACCAGUGGCCACAUAAUUACCCAGGACCAUGAGCUGAGGGCUUUUGCUAAGCUGUCUGGCAGUGAGCCAGUAUGAAUCAACCGGAUUGAGGUCAUCACAGCAUUGUUCUGAAUUGUCAUUUUUAUCCACUGAUGAAAUCCUAUGGAGAAAAAACCCCAACUAAUUUGUGCUCUCGAUUUAGUAAUCUGUGCUCUCGAAUUACUAAUUCAUGCUCUCGAUUGAAUAAUUUCUGCUCUGGAAUUAUUAAAUCGAGUCCAAUUUUUUCCCCUCCUUGACACCUCCCAUGCUCCAUAAAAUCCUAUUUGUUUUUAGGUGAAAUAAGAAUGUUUUUACAGGAACCAUUUAAGAACAAAGUCUUACUGUUCUACUCCAAAAUUUUCAAUGAUAAAUGUUUUGCAAAUGCUACACUUACACACAAAUAAUUUAUCCUGUCUGUAUAAUUUGUUCCAUUUAAUGUCUCUCUUGUAAAUAACAAGAAGCUCAUGAGGGACUUUUCGAUCACAGUGUUGUUGUGAUAUAAAUUUAGCUUUCUGCAUACAAACACCUCCAUUUUUUACCCAUUUACCUCGCACGUUUUAAGAUAAUUCACACACAUUGUUUCCCAAAUUGAUGCUUUUCCACUUGUAAUCUGCAGAUACAUAUUACUAACAUGUUGUGAAUGUUUGGCUUCAGCAUGUGGACUCGAGGGGUUCGUACACAGUCAGUCAUGUAUAUACAGGUGUUUAUAUAGUUUUCACUUAUUUGUAUUUUUAACUGCAAGUCUAUAUUUAUUAAUAUUAUUAUUAUUAUUAUUAUUAUUUACAUUAUCUUCUUAUGUUACUUAGGUCUAUCUGUAUAUAUUUUAAUAGCACAUUUCUUCUGUUUAUGUAUAUGUUUAUAUUUCACACUUGCUUUGGUCGUCUGUUUAUCAUGCCAAUAAAGCCCCAUUGAAUUGAAUUAUCUCAGAAAUCAAUAAAAAAAAAAAUUCCUCCACUCAUGGAAUCCAAGAAAAUAAAGAGAAAGGACAAUGCUUUGUCUGUGGCUGAUGAUAAAGUAU